GGAAUACACGUGGUAUCCGGUUCAUUAGAUACUUCUAUACGAGUUUGGGACGUUGAGACUGGUAAUUUGAAGCAUAUACUCAUGGGUCAUCAAAGUCUGACAUCUGGCAUGGAAUUGCGUCAGAAUAUUUUGGUGUCUGGUAAUGCGGAUUCCACGGUGAAAGUUUGGGAUAUCACAACAGGGCAAUGCUUGCAAACUUUGUCAGGUCCCAAUAAACAUCAAUCGGCUGUAACGUGCUUGCAAUUCAAUUCACGUUUUGUGGUAACGAGUUCUGAUGAUGGCACCGUGAAGCUGUGGGAUGUGAAAACUGGCGAAUUCAUACGUAAUUUGGUCGCACUGGAUUCGGGCGGUUCGGGUGGCGUUGUCUGGCGCAUUAGAGCGAACGAUACGAAAUUAAUAUGCGCUGUCGGUUCGCGUAACGGUACGGAAGAAACCAAGCUCAUGGUUUUGGACUUUGAUGUAGAAGGAGCUUGUGUAAAAUGUUCAUAGAAAAUGUGACAACCGGUUGCUGCAAAUAAAUACUACAUCUAAUUAAACAUAUUACACCCAAGGAGCAGAAAUUCAUAGUGGCAGCAUGUGUCAGCAAAAAAAAGCAAACACACCUCACAUAAGACUCGACAAACGAGUCACACAUGUUUGUAUGUAUACGGAUUUUGUUGAAAUUGCCCAAAGCGAUGCAAUUUUUCUAAUGUCAUGUACACGCGCGUCACAUAAUUUUCUGCUGGAAUUUUACCUCCCUAAGUUUAGUACGAAAAUAAUGGUUUACCCGGAUGUCAUGUUAAAGAAAUGCCGGCAAACAAAAAACAUGGCAUUAUUGGGUGCACAGAUAUAUGUAUUUCAAAUGCUAUCUGAACUAACAGUGAAAUUAACUGCUUCAAUUUACAUAUGAUAAUUGGUAAUUGGCCCAAUUGGAGGAUAUGCAUACAAAGCUGGCUCUAAAUAUUAAGCAGAUCUUGUUUAAAUUGUUUAAGCUUAACUUUAAUUUAGUGGAGAACUUCAUGAAUUUGCUUAAAAUUCUUUUAUCAUGCAGAAAUGAAAAUGCAAAAAAUUCCAUGUCAAUAUCUUCCAGUUGGGUAUAUCGAUAAAAUUGUGUAAAGCUCCAAAAAAUAUGGCAAUUAAGCAUGUACCGUUGUAAUCGCGUGUAAAAAAAAGAGCAAAAAGAUGUACCGUUAUAAUCGCGUGUAGAGAAAAAAGAGCAAAAAGAUGUACCGUUAUAAUGGCGUGUAAAGAAAAAAAUGUGCAAAAAGUUGUACCGUUACAAUCGCGUGUAAAAAAAGAGAGCAAAACCAUGUAGUGUUUAGAAAAUUUAAUUUUGGUAAUUCGUUUUACAUAUUCGCACAUUCAACAACAGGAGGAAAUUCAAAAACAUUUAAACACAUAUUUUUUGUGUUAGUAGUACAACUAAUUUGUAUUUUUAAUGUUUACAUAUUUCAAUUAAUUUAAGUUAAAGAGUUUGAACUUAACACACUUUAAACGAAUUCGCCUGAUAAAACAGUGGAAAAAUCGUAACAAUAUAGAUCAUAUUAAUAAUGAGAGCUUUAUAAUCUUAUCAUGUAUGAGUAUGCGUAGCGAUUUGGUUUGCGAAUAUGAACAUGCCAACCUACUUACUUAUAAAAUAAUGUCAAUUGAAGUUGUUGUAAAAUUUACAUAUUUCAUGCUUCAACACUUAGCUGCAUACAUAUAUAUUUCUAUAUGCAGAAAUUGUGCAUUAUCGUUUCACUUCUGUGUUUUUUUUAUUUUCUUUCCUUACUAUUGUACUGUUAAAUCUUUUUAUGUUGCUGUCAAAGCUGGAAACCUCGGCAAUUUGCAAACAGCAAGUAUUUCAAGCAUACUCAUGCGCAUUGAAUUAAUUGUAAACGAUUUUAUUUAGAGAUUUUCAAACGAAAAUUAUGUUCUUCCACAGAAACCACCAUUCGACACAGUUUUUCGUUGUGCUUAUGGUGGUGCGUAAUUUGUUACAAAAAAAAAAUUAGUAAAUUUCUGUUUUACUUUUUUUUAAACAACUCAAGUUUUAAGAGUCAUCACGUUAAUAGUUUUGUUUAAAUUGUGUUAUCAAACCAAACAUUCACAUACAGUUGUUAGGUAGUAUUUUUUUAAUUAUUAUAAUAAUUUGUAUUUUCACGAUUUGUUAGCUUCGUUCAUAGCUUUCAGAGCAAACGCGCAAUUGUUAUAAUCCGUUUAAGAAACAAACAACACAUUUUUAAGACAACGCUGUCCGAAUCUUCAGUUGAUUAAUUUGAAAUAUGGCUUGUUACAUUUUAAAAUAAUUAUAUUUGCCACGAAUAUUGCCAUGCAUAAGAGUUUACACAUAAAUUUUCUGCAAAGAGAAUCCGAAUGCAUAUUUAUAUAGAGAGAAAACUAAAAGCUAAACAAAUUGAACAAAAAAUGCAAACCUAUCGCAGCUAGUAAACGAAGAAUCGAAGAAGAUACAAGCGUACACACAAGCAUAAGUUUGAAUGUAUGUAUAAGAUUUGUGAAUUUGUGUAGCAACGCACACAUGCAUAGGCAACGCCUCACAAUGCAUGAUAGCUAGGGUGUGUGGUACAUAUAAAUGACUAUUAAGCCUUUGAAAAAAUUGUUUUUGAUAAGCUUAUGAAAAAACCCCUGAGUUUGGGUUUUUAAUGAAAUUAUUGUUUUAUUUUAUAUUCGUUUAUAAGUCACGUGGUGUAACAUGUGCAAGCUCUUUCGCUGGAAGCCGAUUCAUGUUUAUGUGUCUGUGUGUGUGCGUGUGUGCGUAUAGAAUAUAUUAAGUGAAGCAUAAAAGAGAAGCAAACAAAUUGAAUAUUAAAUUUUAAUUAUAGACUGAUUUAUUAGUAACUAAUCUAUAUUUUAAUAACAUUACUGUAUCAGUUUAAGUAUAACAAAAAGCAUAAGAAAACAAAAACGCGAUGCGAAAAGAAUGAAAAACAUAUAAUGCAUUAAAGUUCAGGUCAAAAUUUUGCCGUCGCAUGAAAAUAACAACAGCAGCAACAAGCCAAGCGAAAUAAAAAACACAAAACAAAAA